GAGCGCAGAGGGAGCUGAAGGCGCCGCGCGGGCUCGGGACCUGCCGCCCCCACCCGGUUGCCGAGGUCGGCGUCGCCGCCUUGGGUUUCGGGGAGGCCUGCGCGCUGCGUGGCCUUCUCCCGGCCAGCUGUGCGGGCGGCUGGACCAGCAGCAGCAGCAGCAGGGAGAACUCGAGCGCCGGCGGCAGCAGCGACACCAUGGAUCUGUCUUUUAUGGCCGCACAGCUGCCCAUGAUGGGAGGCGCCUUCAUGGACUCGCCCAACGAGGACUUCAGCACCGAGUACUCCCUCUUUAACUCCUCCACCAACGUGCACGUGGCCUCCAACGGCCAAGGUCAGCCAGAGGAGCCGCCAAGGUCGUCCAACGAUGCCGUCUUGCUCUGGAUCGCCAUCAUAGCGACGCUGGGGAACAUUGUCGUGGUGGGGGUGGUGUAUGCCUUCACCUUCUGAGCCGCGGGAGCUCCGGGACGGCCCCCCCUGCGCCGGGCUCACGGCGGGGCACUGUCGCUGUUGGCCUUUGGCUGCGCCCGCGUUCUAGAACCAGGAGUGCUGACCAGGUGCGCGGUCUCUCCAAGGGGAGUCACCAUGCGUCUGGGAUUUCCCCAAGCGGCCCUGAUUUCAGAUACUCCAGGCUGUGGUCCAGCUGAUCCAGAAAAUAUGGGAGCCUGGGCUUCCAGCCCCCGGAGGCACGCCGGGGCAGAGCCUUCGAGGAGUAGAUUGGGGAAUUCUUGAAACUGCAUUCCACGAACACGAGACCAGAGGGAGCAGCCAGUCAGUUUAAAAUACAGACAUGGUUGGAUGAUC